AUGAGUUUCUACGGAUUCUCAAGGCUUCGGCAUUUUGACUUUGGAAGGAGCAAUCUCGUGAGUCUGCUGCCUUUCCAGCAGCUCUUGCCAUUCGGUGAGGCAAGGAUAUUUCGAUUGUGGGUCCCCAUUGUAGAUUCGCCCUUGCCAUUCGGCAAGGGUGUUUUGGUGAAAUUUUUGAGGCGGAGAUGCCGUAGUUGGCUUGCCGAUAGUUUUCAGUCGACGAGAGGUGCCGAUGGGCAUGUCACUGGGUUGCUGAAGCGUAAUAUUUUUUUGAUGGGGAUGAACCCAUUCUUUUGGGUGUCUAGAUCAAUUCGGUGGCUGGGUACGGUGUCGAUGGCCACUUUGUAG